AUGGCUGACUCGAGCCCCGAGAAGACCAGGGCUUCCCCUAAGAGAGCGAAGGUCGCCACCUCGCCUCAUACCACAGACAAUUCCUCCAGGGGUAUCUCUGCGGAUACAAAAUCUUCCCAGACUCCUGCCGCUACCUCUUCCACUUCUGCAUCUUCUAUUCCCCCAGAUGAUCCAAAGGCGAAAGAGGAGAGACUUCUAUGGUUCAAACAGACCACUACUCAGAUUGAGCAGAUGACUAAAAAAGAGAAACGAAUGUUUCUCUUGAGCCGUGGGCACGCAGUACCCUGCGGACCGAGGAUCCCUCAAGAUUUUGACGAAGAUAUCAAAUAUGGGCAGAGUGCUAUGAUGGAAUAA